AUGACCUCCCGCGAAGAAGCCGUCCUACUUCCCAUCGAUCCCUCCAUCACCGAUGAGAAUGAUUGGUGGGAAUUCAGCCUUACCGAUGUGAAGGUCAUGAAACCGGGGAAGAUGCUCUAUGCGAACCUGCUGGAUGCCACUGAGCAAAAUCCAGUGCAAGUGAUCGGUGUCCUGGAGCAGGUCCCCAAGAACCAGACACAUUUGGUGCACAAGGACAACGAGCUUCCGAAACGCAUGAUUGUCGACGAUGUUACACACUAUGCCUACGGCCAAACCGAAGAUAAAAGCAUCCAGCUUUGGGUUGCUGGUAAGGCGGGAUGGUACGACAUCAGUUUGCCUGCCAGAGGCUACGUGCCUACCUACAAUCGCAUGGUCCAGGCCAUUGACAUGCUUUAUUUUCUGGUUGAUAAACAUCAGCAAGGAAAGAAACAGAUCAAUCCAUCCUUUCGAAGUCUCUGCGAACAGUAUGUCUACCACUCACAUGGCGGAUGCGAAGAUCGUCAACAAUCUGCUGAGGUUUUCUCAACACACGGCCCCUUCUUGCUGCGCUGUAUGAUCCAAGGCGACGGGGAUCUGGACUGGCAAACUACCAAUGUCUUUGUUCACCUGCGGCGCCAAUUUCAUGAUGAAUAUAAGCAGCUUAUGGAGGAGCUCUUCCCUUCAUCUGACAACGAAGAGGAUACAUCCAUGGAUGAACCGGAAGUAUCAACUCCACGACACUACCCCGCUGCAAUCUCAAAGUCGCAAGCCGAUGCCGUUUAUCGACUGCUCAAAGUGCUUAGAGAAGAAGGUCACUUGGCAAAGCGUCGACUGCAUCUCGACCUUCUGACAGAAAGCCUGGCUUCACGAUUUGAUCUCAGUCACGAUGACGCUGAAAAGAUCAUUGCCAUCAGAGCAUCUGCUGUCCUGGAAAUGAUGGACGAAGAAGAUACGCCUGGCUUCAAGUGGUCGCGCUAUGUUAUUCACCGCGAACUCACAAACGCAGCCACGAAAUCCGCCCCUCUACCACAAAAACUCUUGAUACCUCUGAACUCGGUAGAGGAAUCCAGCGAUGACGAAGGCUAUGGCCGAACCCAAAAAUCCGUGCUACGUCCCAAAAUCAACUCAUUCUCUAAUAAAGUUACUGGCAAGCGGAACCGCAAUGCCUCCACGAACCAAGAACCUAUCGAAUUCAAUGAUGAAGAUGAUGAAGACGAGAUGGAUGAAGAUACAGUCGAAACACCCAGCAAAACCCGUGGUCAUGAAUUGAUCAGGGAUCCCUUCUCCGCCUCAAGACCUCGAACCCGUUCAUUCCUAUCGGCCUCCAGCAGCGUCGGUUCCAGCUCUCUCAUGAAGAGCCUAUUUAAAGACAACAUACCGAAAUCAUCCACAGCUACUUCAACACUCACCGCGAGGUCAACACCAAACUCAGAAUCAAUCUCACACCCAAUCCCCACCCCAGCGCCCUCGCAAUUGCUCGAUGCAUCUGGUGACGAAUCGGAACUUGAUACAUGGGUGUGUCGCAUGCCCGGAUGCGAGAAAGCGAUCACAAACAGCAACAGAGAAGAACGCAAGAAAAUCAUCGGCGAUCAUGCUGGCGACCACGAAUGGGAAAUGCAGAUGAAGGUGGAACUAAUGGAGACGGAGAAACGAAUGCAUUCCGCUUUCCCAGUCAGCAAUCUCAUGCAAUAUGUUGUCGACCAGCAUGUUGAGCAGAUGCGAACUGCAUUCCCUGAGCUGUAUUCUGCGCCUCAGCACGAUAGCCACGAGAACGGAGUAGAUGGGGCCCUGGACGCGCUCUCUGAAAAUGGAGAUUCCACGCCUGAAAGUCAGGAUUCGGAAGACGAGGAGAUUGAAGAUCUUGUGAAUGGCAAUUCUUGA